GGGUAUUCUUUAGCCUAAAAAAGUUCUCGUAAUUUAACGGGGAUUCUUAUGAUCGAGGCGGUUUGAAACCACCUAUUGUGUGUUCAGGUUGACCAUGGGAUGGAGUGAAAAAAUGCUUUGUAAGUUCUUGUGGAAUCAGGGAAAAGAAAACAAGGGAUCCCAGACAAAGGAGGCACUGAAUUGUGACAAACCGAUUGGUAGUAGCUAAAUAGCAUGGGAACAUUUCCAUGUAGGACGCAAGUGUAGAUGCUGGAUUGGCUGUGAAGAAAGGGCAGUCCCUCAUUUAAGGUCUACCUAUUGUUGCGGUAAAUCUGUAAUCGUCUUUGGAAUCUUGUAGGAGGAUUUUGGAAGAAACGUUGGAGAAAGGGACUUACGGGAUUUACCAUCGUUUAGCAUGCACCCUCACUGUGGUAAUUGCGUCUAUCAUUUCAACACAGAAAUUUAGUGCUGUACAAUGGGUGGUUCAGACUGACUCAUCGUUUCGUGGGUCUUUUGUGGACCAGUUGCUGUUUUGGUGGGAGCCAUUUGCUAUGGGUCAGCCGGUUUUACUUUCCCCAAUCAUCAGGACAUUUUACACUGUCUGAGGAUGCAGAUGCAGCGAUUGAUGCAGGUUGUAUGAAGCGCUUUUCUGCUCUGUUGAUAUCAAAGUGAAACUACAUCUUGUGGGACAUUUUCUGAGUGAAUAUUCAUCAUCUGGUCAACUGUAGAAUGCACAAUCUACUUGUAAGCAUUUGAGUUGAGGCCAUUCAGCUUCCAUUAACAUAUAAAUCUCUAGACAGAGGAACUCAAAGGAACUAAGUGUUUUUUUUUACUGUUCAAUGAAGAUUUAUAAAGGAAAAGAUGCUUAACAAAAGGGAAUCUCUCUAAUGAUGAACAUUCACAAACAUAUAUAUUCUUCAUUGUGGAAGCCUAAUUGUGAUGAUGUAUCUGAACAUUUGCUAAGCACACCUAUUGUCAUGUUCUUUUCAACUGCAUAAAUUGAAGAAUCGCUUCCAGAUUACCCCAUGGGAAAGUGGUUUGUUUUGUAACAUUCUUCCACUGGUGUCCAUUGAUGUGUUGACUCUUACUGCUUUGUACAUACACGCUUCUAGAAUGUCUAUUCUCGAAUCCCUGUUAACGUGUCUAUAGUUAAAUUUAGAAUGAACCUAGCUAGAGUCUUUUGUCUCCUGCGUUAUUGAAGGCCAAAUGGACCUUUUGUACACUUUCCAGACUUUUUAGGAGUGAAACAGAUCUGUAGCUCUCGUUUGCCUCCACAUUUUACACAUGUAGUGUAGCUGUAAAACCAUUUCCCCACUUUUUAGAAGAAAACAACCAAACUAUUUGGUGAACAAAAAAAUAGAGUGUAACAGCAUGUUCCUAUCCUGUAUCUGAUUCAUUUCCAGAGAAGCACACAAGGAAAUAUAUUUGAAGUAACAUUAUUCCAGUCAAAUAUUUACUAUAUCUGAUGUUUGUAAACAGCAAACAACUUUUGGCAGGUAUUUAAGGUACAGGAAUGUGCAUUCUUUCACAAAGUGUGCAGGAACAAAACCCUAUAACCAAAACAUUUCCUCAGAUGUUUUUAUCUUUUGGAAAACUUAAUAAGGAUUAUCAGUUCUGCAGAAUCUAGACAUCCUGGAUUUGUAGAGGUUGUCCUCUGCAAAAUUCUGCUACACCUAGACUAGAGCCACUGAAUAUUUCAUCAGUAGCUACAAUGCAAGGCAGCGAUCCUCAAGCUCUUGAAGGACAGUAUCCUGUGAUAUUCUGCGAUACAAGUUCAGUAGCUCUGUAGCUGUUGAGGAUCCAGCCCCACUUCACCUGAGCUUUCAUAGGACACCUUAGACAGCUGUAUCUCCUGUCUUAACCUCUGCAAAGUGAGCUGUGCAGGAUAUCAUCAUCAAGCCAGCGAUUUCUUACUCCUGGUCGACUUUGUAGAGCCAUUGGAUUGAUACUCUGGAUAUACCCUCAUGUCAUGGAUACCUGACGGACACGGAUGGAAAGGUGAUGGACACAGAUCCAGGUGUAUGAUAGUGACACUGAAAGGGAAAUGAUCGAUACUCUGGAGCUUAGAACACCUGUCUUAGGAAACCACUCUCUCAACCCCAAGAGGUUGCAUUGAGAUCGGCUCCCACAAAGCGAUUACCACGACAACUGCCUAUAGAGACACCAAUAGGAGCAUCACCACCACCGUCAUCAUAUAUUUAACUCAGAAAGAUAUCCAUUGUGGUUAUUCAAAUUGCCAGGAGGAAGAAUCUUUGCUUUAUCUGUAUCUCAAGUAGAUGAGUUGUGUUUGAAGACGGGUAAAUGUUUGCAAAAAUAAAGGAUAUUGCAAUAGUCUGUUUUAAAUUUUUGGAUGUCCAUACCUGCCCCAGGCAUAAUCUUGGUUUACCAUUUGUAAAGGAAAAACCCUUCACCUCCAAAGGUAGAUCGUUGGAGUCUAACAGCAAGAGAAAGCUUCUCUGAGAAAAUAGGCAAAAACAUUGAAACAGCAACCAUCCAUUGUGAUUGCCUGGAUAUCCGUCAGUAGACCCUGGAGGCGAGUUUGGUUGCCAUAGCAAAUCCACUUCCGCCUCGGAGGAAGGAAGGAUCUUCGAGUGAACUUGACAGAAAUCUGCCUAAUCGCCACCGAGGCCAUCCAUUACUUAUCCAGCGAGCUACUGCACUUUGCAUCUGGACUUUUUCAUCAUGUGAUGUGACUUCUAAUCUAUUACUACUUUGGUUUGUGGCUAAUGAAUCUAAAGUACAUCCUGAAACUGUCCACUUUGAUUAGAGCGCUCUUAAUCCGCUGACCACAGAAUGAUGUAAUUCCCAUUACCUUUGUACAGGGAUCAUCCAGUUCUAGUAGGCUAUAGGUUAACCCGUUGAUCACUGAAUUCUGUAUUGCUCAUAGGCCUUUGUGCAGAAACUUCCCGAUCCCAGUUGGGAAGGGUUAACUCUCUCAUUGAUCAAGUGUGGCAUCCUACGCUUAACGUAUUGACAACAGUCUGUUGAUGAUAGGCCAUUGUCUGCCAAGUAAUUCAUGCAUGUUAUUUGGACCUUGGCCUGCAGACCAUUGAAACCGAAAAUUGCCAGAUAGCGAUCAAAGACAAGAGGAAAAAAAUCUAUUAAAUUUCACUUGGUUUUGACAUUAUGGGAAUAUAUUCCUGAUAAUAGCUGGAUAGGAAAUGUGCUAUCUGCAAUCCUUCCCUAAUGAUUAGAGUCAAUGAACUUGGUGAAUUUAUGAUAGUACCUACCCCUUAGACAAAAUCCUUCAACCAAUGAACAGAUCUCUGUGGAUAAUUAGACAAGUAGAACAAAUUGAAUACAUGUACCUGAUAUUCAAUAGAGUUGAAUGCUUUAAAGUCAAUUGAUGUCCCUCUUCCCAUCUGGAUCAAAAGUUUUGGAUCAUUAACUCUCAUUAAACAGCUUGAUCAUGUUUUGAUAACCUUUUGGUGCUUCUUUAUGAGGAAAUUCCAUUUUUAACAAUCAAGCAAAAAGUAGAGUGUCUUUUCGAUGGUUAUUGUGGUUUGAUAGGGUUAAUGAAGGGCCACAGUUUGAAUUGAUUCAGUCCUUUUGACUACUUCAUUCUGAACAUAACCAAAGGCUUGGCAUGUUCCAUAUGCGGUAGAAUCAAUAGAGAGGCUUUAGACAGGAAGAGGUUUGCAACACUUAAGCGCUAAAAAUACCCGACUAUGUUUGCGUUUGGAAACUCUACCUGAUGCCGAAAUGGAAGGGCAAAUGUUUGCAACAUGGAGAAUCAUUCUUUUGACAUGAACAGGAAGCAUUCUAGAUCAACAGAGCGAUCUUUGUCAUCAUAAGCCUUUGAUGACAUGAAGGAUCAGUGAGCACAUGGAUAAAAUCAGUAUGUUUAUGUUAUCAUCAAGGAACUUCCUGCCCCAUCAAUCAUUAUUGAUACAUCAAUUGAUGAAUUUGUAGAUGCUGUUCAUACUAAUUUAUUUUAGUUGUCAAAAACAGAAAAAAAAAUGUUUGAGUCUUAUUACUGUUCACCACAACCAAUUGGUCAAUGAAAUCAAAAGUAACAUAUACAUUUUUUUAUCAAUCAUGCCAUAUCUAAGAAGAUCUUGAAGACUAUUUACAAGAAAUAUAUCACAAUGGAUGCUGUUAAUAAGAGGCGUGUCACCAUGGAGAUCACCGAGAAUGGCUACCUCAUACCCAAUGCAAAUGUGGAUCAAUCCAGGCGGCACAGCAUGAUGGCUAAUUUGGACAGCCCUGCCAUAGAUCCUGACGGUGACCAUCAUUACGAACCUCUGGAAAAUCUUAAGUCAAGGCGAAAAAAGGGGCGCACUUGGCGGAUUUUCGGAGAGGCGAAGCGUAGAUCGCGAUCCCUCGGUCCUUCCGUUGGGCAACUGAUCCGUCGAUCGGUUGCAUCAAGUGAGCUGGAUUUAGAGAACCAGCGGACCUCCAAGUCUAAGACCACUAGGCACAAACUGAAGUUGACUGACAUUGUGAUUGUAGGUGCUGAAGGAGGACAAGAGGAAUCUCAUGUCUUCAGCUACAAGAGUCAAAAUAUGUCAGCUUCUUUGUCAUCUCCUGAAGGAAAUUUCUCAGCCAGUGAGUUCUUGUAUGAUGGUACGAAUGGAGGAUUAGCUUCUCCUUUGAAUAGGAUACCAAGUAUUGGAUCUCUUGCUGCUGCUACCACUCUGCCUCAGGACACAGAAGGCCAACCUGCUCUUCCUCCAAGGCGCUACAGUGAAGGAAGGGCACUGACCUUUCAGCAAUCACUUGAUGAUUGUGCUUUGCCAGCACGGACCCUCAGCGAGUCGUCGCCCAGUGCAGCUGUGAUGGAGGAUGAGCUGCAGCUCUUGAGGCACAGGGUCGAAGUCCUGGAGAGGAGGUUGGCAGGAGAAUUGGACUCUGAAGAUUUCAAGGUAUUACUCGACGAUAGAGGAGAAUCUUCUACUGAUGAUCGAUCAGAACACUAUGCAACUCGUCUUCAGUUCUCACCAGACAUUGGACAAACAUUUAGUCGGAGAGGGAGUUCUCGGUAUGCUAAUCGGACCAAGAGACUAUCGCUUCCUAACCAAGCAGUUACUGAGACACCCUCAGCAUCCCCUUUGCAGGAGAUUUCUCAUAGAAUCGCUGAGGAAAGCAAGGAUGCUGUGAGACCGGGCGUCCUCCAGAGACUUGAUUCCUCCCAAAGCGAUGAUGUGUUUGUAAAUGAUAGUGCUUCCGUGCCCCAACCUUCUAGAGCAUCUCAAAGCAUGAAUGACCCCCUUAGUGCUGACAAUCUCAAAGACCUUACAGAGGUCCAGGAUCUGUCAAGGGUCACGAAUAUUGGGUCCUACAAGAUCGAAAGGAACUCUGGGACCCUUGUACUGAACAAAGUUGAAGAUCUUGGUGUUCCCGUUGUAUCGGACCAUCCUGCCGACAGUCCAUCUACUCCAUCCAGUUUGACAGACACCACCGUAUCCCUCACUUCCCAUGAUGAGUCUGCAAUGGAUGUUGUCUGUGAAGACAGUGUUGAUACCAUAAGCAUUCCUUGUGCCAAAGUUUUUGUUGGUGAUACAAGAAAGGGAACUGUUUACCAGGAAGGAGGUACCAGUAAUCAGGUAACUCAUUUAUUUCUUUCAAUUUACAAUUUUUGUUUCUUAAAAAAAAACAAAAAAUAUGGAUAUUUGUCUCAUUUUUCCUGAAAAGUGGGUUUGAAAGUAUCCUUCGUAUGAUGAUUUACAAUAUAUCUUGUGUGGACUUCUGCAAUUGAUAUGUUUGAUCUCCACUCCAUUUUCUCUCCCCAUUCCAAUGUUUACUUGAAAUAUUCUGUGUUUUAUCUAAGUCGCAGCUUUGGAAUUUAAAAUGAAGAAAACAUUUAUUUAUGUCUAAUGGUUUAUAUCUGAUGAAGCCUUGGUAACGAAAGAAAACAGUAACCCUCUGAAGUUGGAUUGUGAUUCUCUGCUCCUUGAAACAUUAAUCAUUUUGCUUUUCUAGUCAUUAUGUUUACUCAAACUUGUAGAAGGUAGGUGGACUUGCAUUCCAGUUCUUUUCAACCUUCAAUGUUUCAUUCCAGUUAUUUCUAUCUUACCAUUCCGCUCUAUUUCUUUUUUCAUCAAUUCAUUUUUCUGAUGGUCCUUGAUAAACCCUGUAAGCUUCAAAUACGUGCUUCUUGGCGCAUUUACUAUAUGUUUUGACAACAAAAUUACCAGAUGAUGGGGACGGUUCCAAUUCCACCUGUAUUAUUGUGGCCAUGCCAUUUUGAUCUUCUUGGAAAGACUGCAUUGUCAUGCAGUGGGAGGAUGAUUGAUGUUGAUGUAUUUGGAUGUUAGUAGGGUCAGGCUUCGAUUGUGUUCACACUUAGUCUUCUAGUCCUUUCCAAUGUUUCCUUUAUUCUCUCUUUAUGCAAUUUGUUGUGUUAAGAUUUUGUCAUCAAAACGUUCAUGGAUGGCAUUCUCUCUUUAUUCAAUCUGAACACGUUUGCAAACAUGUAUUCAUCCAUGUAGGCCUAUGUAAAUGCAUACAGAGAGUUACCAACUCAUUUGCUCUCAAAAUAGAAAAGUUGUGUUCAUACUUUGUCAUCAAGACGUUUCCUUAGGUUUCCUAAAAACAUGACAUUCUCUCUCUUUAGUAAUACAAUCAGAACAUAUGCUAAUACAAAAAAUUAAAAUGUGGUUUGUCUGACACAAAAUAUGAAAGAGCACUGUUGGUGUUAGGGGCCCGUUGCAGAAAGAGUUGUGAUCAAAUGCAACUCAAAAAAUCUUGCGCAACUUGAUUUUUAGCCAAUGAAACACCCGCACUCGGGACUUGCGCUUGAUAUUUUGACUUGCGUUUAAACGUAACUCUUUCUGCAACAGGCCCCUGGUGGUCCUUUCUGCAUUGGUCUUGGAGGUAGUGACCACAUGGUGCCUAAAGGUGAAAGAGUGAAGGAGGUUGAAGAAAAAGAAUAAAAAGGUCAAAAACUUUCUUCUGCCUGUUGCUCUUGUGCAAUAUAGAACCAAACAGGCCACCACAGUAUUUUAGGGUUUACCUUCAUUCUAUAUAACAAGGAGCUUUGUUUCUAGCGUCCAUUCAACCAUCUGGGUGGGGAGCGGCUAAUCUAAACUAAUGCCUUGUUACAGGAUAAUCUUUCAGCAACCGUAACAAGAAUUGAACUGUGAAGCCUCUCGUCUACAUCCUGACAUUUCCACUAGGCCUUGAUACUUUAAAACAAAUACCUGACAAGGGAUUUUUUUUUUCUGCACUCGUUUGUCAAGAUCAGUUCCAUGACAUUUGUCUGGCGACAAUUGCUCUGAUUGGAAACUAAAUAAACCAUAAUUCUUCUCUUUCCAUUAUUCUGAAACAAAAAUUCUAUUACAAUCCUAACUCAAACCCAAUGCCCUCUGAAAUAUUAAGACCGGAGCAAAUGUCGUAGGAGCAAAUGUUUUGUCAGCGUCAAGAUCAAUAGCUUAAGAACAUUUCUGCGAAUGAAAAAGUCAAAAGAAGAGGGCUAUGUUCGCUGGAACAGGCUCAGCGUGUGUGCCAUUCUAAGAUGACAUUGUUUAUUUUUCAUAACAUAUUUGAGAUAAAUCUUCCUUUUCUUGACAUAACAUGGAUUAUUGUGACAACAGGUGAAAGGGGGAAUGUUUGCUGGAAAAAUAGGUGAGAAGAGAAAGUGAGAAGGGAGGAAAAAGAGGUGACUUUGACACCGUUCUCAUUAUGCUUUCUAAAACUUCCCGAAGAAUGGGUGUGUCCUCACGCUAAAACCAGUUUAGCAAGGCAAAUCGAUUUUGAAAACUACAUCGCGAGAUGCUUUUCUGAACCGGUUUGGAAAUCACUUCGACCGUUCUCAUUACAUGUUAAACUAGUUUCCACUAAACUAGUUUUAGGAAGGUAGUGAGAACGAUGCCUUUCAUAGCGAGGGGAGAGACAGACAGAAAUAAA